UGUCAGACCAACUGGGUCUUCCGAAAUAUAGCUGGGACAGAAAUCUUGAAGAGACAGAGUUGGGAGACAAAUUAGGGGUGACUGAAAGAACAUUGCAAGGAUGCUGUCCUGGGUUCAGACAUUGCUGUUUAUGUCUGUUCUAUUUCCGGUCUUGGUAGAGUGUAAGAUUCGGCAUUACAACUUCACUGUGGUCUUGAAAAACACAACAAGGCUUUGUGCCACCAAGCCUAUUGUGACUGUCAAUAAGCAGUUUCCAGGGCCAACUCUUUAUGCAAGAGAGGGUGAUAAUGUACUCGUAAGGGUCACUAAUCAUGUCCAAUACAAUGUUACGAUCCACUGGCAUGGGAUCAGGCAACUUCGAACAGGUUGGUCUGAUGGACCAGCGUAUAUCACACAGUGUCCAAUUCAGCCUGGUCAGAACUUCCUUUACAACUUCACCCUCACAGGCCAAAGAGGGACACUCCUUUGGCAUGCACAUAUUUCCUGGCUGAGGUCAACCAUGCAUGGUGCCAUUGUUAUCUUGCCUAAGAAGGGUGUCCCUUAUCCAUUUCCCAAGCCUUAUAAAGAAAAAGUAAUCAUUUUAGGGGAAUGGUGGAAAGCAGAUACUGAAGCUGUGGUCAACCAGGCAAUGCAAACUGGUUUGCCUCCAAAUAUAUCAGAUGCACACACAAUUAAUGGCCAUGCCGGACCAGUUUCUAACUGUUCUUCUGAAGGUGCAUAUACUUUACAUGUUGAAACUGGCAAGACCUAUUUGCUACGAGUUGUCAAUGCAGCUGUGAAUGAUGAGCUCUUCUUCAAAAUUGCUGGCCAUAAUCUGACCGUUGUCGAAGUUGAUGCAGCUUACACUAAGCCCUAUAAAACUGACACAUUAUUUCUUGGUCCAGGACAAACCACAACCUCACUUCUUACAGCAGAUCAGGGUAUUGGCAAGUAUUUAAUAGCUAUAUCUCCAUUCAUGGACACCAUUGUUGCAGUUGACAACUUGACUGCAGUGGGAUUCUUACACUACAACCACACCCUUGCCUUUACUCCAACUACCUUGACCAGCAUUCCUCCUGUGAAUGCAACAUCAGUGACAGAAGUUUUUUGUGAAUCUCUUCGAAGCAUUAAUUCAAAAGAAUACCCUGCCAAUGUCCCAUUAACCAUUGAUCAUUCCCUAUUUUUCACCAUUGGGGUUGGGAUUAACCCUUGUGCUACAUGCUUUAAUGGUUCCCGGGCAGUAGCAGCUAUUAAUAAUGUCACUUUUGACAUGCCAACUACAGCUCUCCUUCAAGCACAUUACUAUGGCAUAAGUGGGGUUUUCACAGAUGAUUUUCCAGCUAAGCCACUGAUACCUUUCAAUUAUACUGGUGCUCCACCAUCCAGUUUGCAAACAAUGAAUGGCACCAGAGUGUACAGGCUGGCCUAUAAUUCAACAGUUCAACUAGUAAUUCAAGGAAACUCUAUACUAGCACCAGAGAGCCAUCCAACCCAUCUGCAUGGAUUCAACUUUUUUGUAGUUGGAAGAGGGGUAGGAAAUUUUGAUCCAGAGAAGGAUCCACUGAAAUUCAAUCUAGCUGAUCCUGUCGAGAGGAACACAAUAAGUGUACCAACUGCAGGAUGGACUGCAAUCAGAUUCAGGGCAGACAACCCGGGGGUCUGGUUUUUCCAUUGCCAUUUGGAAGUUCACACAACAUGGGGACUGAAGAUGGCAUUCCUGGUGGAAAAUGGCAAAGGCCCGAACGAGUCACUGAUACCACCUCCUAGUGACCUUCCACAGUGCUAGACCAAUGUCCAGAGGGAGACAGCUUUGAGAAUCAAUGUCUGAGGCUUGAGACAGGAGAUGAGAGGCCACUAGGAAUGUGCAAAAUUUGUGAUUGAAAACGGUGAGCAAAGGCUUGACAGAGCUAAUAAAACAGCAAAGGAAUCAAGGGUUGUUGUUUUCUUUUUCUUGGAAUUAAUUUAAAGUUUCAUAAUCUGAAAACCAUGUAAUCUCUUAUCUUCAAUCUUCUGUUCUUGGUGGAAUGAGGGUCAUGAUAUAUGCUUGGAGUGUAUGUAAAGGAAAAGAAAGUAUGUAGCUAUCAGAGUUUAUGGUGAAAUUGAAGUUUGGAAAGCUCUUUAUUUCUGAAA